GUGAUUUAGGGCAUGAUGCACCCACAGGAUUUUCGCGGAAACAUCCGAACAUUCUUUCCCUCUUCAUUUGGUCUUCUUCGCUACUCUCUCUCUCUCCCUCUCCCCCUCCCUCUCCCUCUCUCAGGUCCUAAAACCACCAUUACCAACGGCAACCCCGGCACUACAACCACCUUCCUGAAAACCCCCAAUUCCCCAAAUCCAAAACCCUAAAAUCGAGUAUAAGCAUCCCCCCACCCUCAUCAAUUCUCUGCAAUUUCAGACGAAUCCGUUCUCCCUUUUCAAGUUCGGAGCUCAAAUUUAAGGUAGGGGUUCUUUUGUUGGAGAAGGAGUUGACCAUUGAAUUGGGGGCUUUUGCUGCACCUGCAGGUUGCCAAAACUGAAUUGAAUUGUUCUUCCAUUUAUAGCAUGCAACACUGAAUAAUAUUUAGCCAAAUACGUAUAUUUUCUCUGGCCUAGUUGAGGUUGAGAUUCAGGCAGCUGGGAAGUGGUGUUUAAGCUUCAAUUUCAAGUUUUGGCUACAGUUUCAAAGUUUAUCAGAAUGGUUUAACUUUGUGAGACACUGUCAAAGUUAAAUUGGUAGCUGGUGUGAGUUUGUUGGAGUUUUGUUCAAGAUGGAUAACUCUGCAAACAUGCAUAAUGAUCAUUUGGGUGUGAACAAAAUGGGGAAAAAUAUAAGGAAGAGUCCUUUGCACCAACCCAAAUUUGGUAAUAAUGACGCCAGGCAACAACCUCAACCUCAGGUGUACAAUAUAAGCAAGAAUGACUUCCGGAACAUUGUUCAGAAGCUUACUGGUUCGCCAUCGCAAGAACCUUUGCCUAGACCUCCCCAGAAUCCGCCAAAGCCCCAAAGUAUGCGAUUGCAGAGAAUUCGACCUCCCCCAUUAGCACCUAUCAACAACAGACCCUUAAACACACCUCCAGCUCCUCUUCCUGCAGGCCCACCACAGGUUCCCUACAAUAAUAACUUUGUUAGGCCUCCUCAGUUUGGACAUCCAUCACCUACACCAAUGCCACCAUUUCCACAUGGAGAUUCAAUGUGGCAAAAUACAGCUGAAUCUCCUAUCUCAGCAUAUAUGCGGUACCUUCAGAGUUCAAUGUUAGAUCCAACUCCAAGGGGCAACCAACCUCAGCCUCAACCACAAGUUCCAGGUCAAAUGCAGUCUCAGCCACCAUCAACCAGUUUACUUCCUAACCCAUCCGUAUCUGCUCACCCACCCCCGAGAAUGAAUGCCCCUGGGGCACAUGCGCCUAAUCUACAGCACCCACAGAUGAAUGGUCCUCCCCUCUUACCGUCACCAACUUCACAGUUUUUAUUGCCAUCCCCAACGGGUUACAUGAACUUGUUGUCUCCACGGUCACCUUAUCCAUUGCUUUCACCUGGGAUGCAGUUUCCUCCACCAUGGACCCCCAAUUUUCAGUUCUCUCCAAUGGGCCAAUCAGGGCUGUUAGGUCCAGGGCCUCAACCCCCACCUUCUCCUGGCGUUUUGUUUCCAUUAUCUCCUUCAGGGUUUUUCCCCAUUUCAAGUCCAAGAUGGAGGGAUCAUCACUAGUUGGCACAACAUUGUUAAGCAUUUUGUUGUCAAUUUUCUUCUUCAGUUAACUGGCAAAUGGAGGGAAUUUCGCAUUAGCAAUUAUAGAUUCGUUGUACCUUGUUACGUUCAAUCAUGAAAUCAUUGCUGUGUUGAUCUUAGGUUAAUGAAUUGCAGAAUUGAUUCUCUUUACGAAAAUAUAUAAUGUAAUAUUUUUGUGAAACACGAAUGUUGUUCACGCGUUAUUGUGUUUACUAGCUUUGUCUUGAAUGUUCUUCACUUUGUUCAAGUAUUUUACUACUUGUGUAAACUCUAGGGGAUUAAAAAAGGUGCAG